AUGGCCUGGGCCUCAAUGGAAGAACUAAAUCCUACAGACACUGACAUUUAUACACGCACAGAGCAUAUUCAAAAACAGUAUGGAUCUACUCAUAUUAAGGAGAAAUUCAACUUGAGUGAAGAAGAAACUCUCACUGACAUUUAUACACCUACAGAACAUAGACAGACAGAAUAUCCUUCUACUUGUAUUAAGGAGGAACCAGCCUUAUGGGAAGAAGGACCUCUCACUGGCCCCAACGUUUAUACAAAGUAUAAACUGACAGACCAUACAUCCACUCUUAUUGAAGAAUCAGCCUUGUAUGAAAAGGAAACUCUAAAUAGUCCUAUUUAUAACUUGGCAGGAUAUGUACAAGCAGAAGAUACUUCCAUCCACUUGUCUGCUGAUAACGUACUUUAUAAUAAAUAUUGCAAGCUGCCGGAAUCACAUUGUGAUUUCAGUAAAAUUCUAUUCUCUUUCACGGCAUUUUGUUCUGAAUGUGGAAUAUGUUUUACAGAUGAAUCAAAUUUUAUAUCACAUCAAAGGAUUCACACAGGAGAAAAGGCAUUUUGCUGCUCGCUUUGUGGUAAGUGUUUUACUCACAAGUCAGCUCUUAAUAGAGAUCAGAGGAUUCACACAGGAGAGAAACCAUUUUCGUGUUCUCAGUGUGGGAAAUGUUUCAGUCGGAUGACAGGCCUUAAUAGACAUCAGAGGAUUCACACAGGAGAGAAACCAUUUUCAUGUUCUCAGUGUGGGAAAUGUUUCAGUCGGAUGACAGGCCUUAAUAGACAUCAGAGGAUUCACACAGGAGAGAAACCAUUUUCGUGUUCUCAGUGUGGGAAAUGUUUCAGUCGGAUGACAGGCCUUAACAGACAUCAGACGAUUCACACAGGGGAGAGAAGGUUUUCUUGUUUCCUAUGUAGGAAGUGUUUUAGUGAUAAGACAGAUCUUAGUCGACAUCACAGGAUUCACUCGGGAGAGAAACCAUUUUCCUGUUCUGAAUGUGGGAAACGUUUUUGUUUCAAGUCCGAUCUUAAAAGACAUAUGAAGAUUCAUAUAGGAGGAAAGUCAUUUUCUUGAACCAUGUGCUGUUUUGUUUGUUUGUUUUUUUCUUUACUAAUGCUUAAAGAAAAUAUUUGGACCAAUUAAAUAACUAAUUUUUAUCCAAAAUGAAUAAAUAUUUUAUAAUUUUGGUAUAUCUCUCCAAGAUGUGCCGGAUAAUAUCGCCUGUAAUAUCAUGGUCGGGAAUGUGGAUUAUUGA